GAGCCCCCCCACCCCGGGCUCCGCCCCGCGCCCGGCCUGGGCCCGCGCCUCGGGAGGGAGGGGGGCGGGGGCGGCGCGGAGAAGGGGCUUUGCUAAUUGCCGAAGCAGGAAGUGAGCUCGCGGAGGACGCGGUGGAGAGUCUGGGAGGAGGUGGAGGGGCUGGCGGAGGAGGGGCGCGCAGCGCCGCGGUGCUGUGCUGCGGAGAAAUCGGGACUGCAGGACCCUCCGGACUCGCCGCCUGUGCGCUCCCGCGGUCCAGCCCAGCCCCCGAGGCUCCGCCGUCCCGCUCCAGCGGCCGGCUGCCCCUCCCCGCCCCAUGGCUUCUCCGGACGACCCUCUGCGCGCAGAUCAGAUGGCAAAGGAGCCAGUGGAAGACACAGACCCUAGCACGUUGUCCUUUAACCCGUCAGACAAAUAUCCCAUUCAAGAUACGGGACUCCCUAAAGCUGAAGAAUGCGAUCCCAUUACUUUGAACUGCCCAACAGAGUCUGACGUGCAACAUCAGGGAGAAGAAAACAGCUUUCCAGACAGUACUGGAGAUCCCCUUUCAGAUGUAAGCAAAGGCGAAUCCUGCAAGGAGAACUGUACUUGUCCCUCCUGCUCGCUCCGGGCCCCGACCAUAAGUGACUUACUCAAUGAUCAGGACUUACUUGACGUCAUCAGGAUAAAGCUGGAUCCGUGUCACCCAACAGUAAAAAACUGGAGGAAUUUUGCCAGCAAAUGGGGCAUGCCCUAUGAUGAACUGUGUUUCCUGGAGCAGAGGCCUCAGAGCCCCACCCUGGAGUUUCUGCUGCGGAACAGCCAGAGGCCAGUGGGUCAGUUGAUGGAGCUGUGCAGGCUGUACCACAGGGCCGACGUGGAGAAGGUCCUGCACAGGUGGGUGGAUGAGGAGUGGCCCAAGAGGGGGCGUGGAGACCACCCCAGGAACUUCUAGACCCCUGCUUCUUUGCACUGGCCUCUUUGGACCUGGAGACAACCACAGGUUAAGGAGGAAUGGGGAUCUGUUCUUUUUUUUUUUAAGAGUUUAGGAUAAGGACAUGGAACUGUGGACAUGGGUUUUCCCCAAAGCUGGGGUUUGUUAUUUUUUGUUGUUGUUUUUUUGUUUUGUUUUGUUUUGUUUUUGGAGGGUUAGGCUAUGUUUUGGUGGUGGAUUUUUGUUUGUUUAGUUUUGCACAUCAGUUUUAAUUUAAUAUCCAAAUCCAGAAUCAGGAAGGAGACUUUGUAGACUCCUAUAGGGACUGGGGUCGAAGACUACAAUCUGAAUGGAUUCAUGCCAUGAUGAAAAUAAAAUUGCCCUUUCCCUUCAA